UAACAACGUACAUCACAAUGUCGUUCCGCACAGCCGCGCACUCUUAUUCCUCAGUACCUGACACCGUCAUUCCAAUACCUUCAGCAGCAUCACUGAGCCCACUUGCUGAUGGUUCACCAACAGCAGCAGCAGCCACGGCGUCUGCCGCGACAUGGGAGACUCUAAGACGACAGGCGCGACAUUUGGAAAACGAAAUCGAAGCCAAGCUAGUGCAAUAUUCUAAACUUGGUAGUGGAACAGGAACCAGUGGGUUUGCAAGUAGUGUGGCAGGGGUUGCAUCCAGCAGUGCUGCGCGAAGUCCAGGAAGUACAAAAGGCGCAGAACUAGAACUGGACCAUUUGCUCGCAAAGCUUACCUCUGUCGUCAACUCUAUGGCCCAAAGCCUUGAUAGCGUUCCAUCAUCAGUCCCAACAAAUCCCUCCAUGAUGCACAUGCUGCAGCGACAUCGAGACAUACUAUACGACUACUCAAAAGAGUUCAAAAGGACCAAGGCCAACAUUACCGCUGCCAGAGACCAUGCCGAUCUAUUGAGCUCUGUACGGGAAGACAUAAGUUCGUAUAGGUCUCCAGGCAUGGGCAUGCAAGAUUACCUGUUAACGGAACGAGGAAAGAUUGACGGCUCGCAUCGGAUGGCCGAUGAGGUACUUGAGCAAGCUUACACAACCCGUGCCGAGCUCCACGAUCAGCGAAGUGUUUUAUACAAUACAAGGGGGCGAAUGGGUGGAGUGCUCGCACGAUUUCCCCUCGUUAAUGACCUCAUUUCGCGGAUUGGGGCAAAAAAGCGGCGAGACUCGUUAAUAAUGGCGGGCGUCAUCAGCUUUUGUGUGUGCUUUCUAGUGUGGUAUUGGCUAAGGCGAUUUUAGUUGCCUUGGAGUUAAAUCUCUAGCGACUGCAGUGUCCUUCCAACAUUUCAUUGAUAUUUACUGUCAUCGACAAAAUGCACAAGCUAAUUAUACGGACAUAGUACACUCUGGGAUUGGAGAGCCUUUGAUUGGCAUGGUGGUAGUUUGGUAGUUGUUCCGAGUGAAUGCCGACCCUGGGGACAGAAGGAAGCCAUAAUCUCGACCAUCGCGAGGUCAAAGACACUUACUUUCAAAAAGAACUGUCUCCCUUCCAUUAUUG